AUGUUGGACGAUUCGGCCUAUAAUACAGCGCUGCAGCACCCUGGUGUCUCCCCUGUGGCUCUGCCUGCGCCGCCUCAUUCGCCAUUUUCGCCCAACGCCCGCCGCUUCGUCAACGUCGUCGUUUCUUCUUCUUCACCCGCUUACCAUCGAAUUCCCCCUUUGACCGCCAGCAUCGUCAUCUGCACACCCAUCCUCAUCGAACUCUCCCGCCGCAGCUACUACGCCAGCAGCAAGGGAGGCUACCUCUACGAGACCGAGCUUCGUACCACUCGUUUGGUCCUCUUCUCCUUCGCCUGCUCCGACCGUACAUGCCUGACCUCUGCGCACCGCCUCGCAUCAUCACCGCCAUUCGCCCCGGCCGCCUCUGCGGCCAGCCCAGACGAGCGUCCUCUCGUGGCACCGUCUCCUGAUUCUCGUUAUUUGGCUGCUCUUGACGCGUCACCUCGAAUCUCGGAGCGUGCUCUGAGCCUGCCCCAAGCUCGACGCCGUCCUCCCCGAAACGCCCUGUCUGGCCGCCUCGACAGACAUCGUCAACAAUAUCCUGGGCACACGGCAGCAUCUACCAACCAAGGCAACCCCUUGGCCCUGCCAAAAAUGCCAUCAUAUCUCACCGACGACCACACGCCGGUAAAUUCUCACGAUAUCGACUUUCUCCAGCUCGGCCAGGACAAGUUUGGGCUUGCCUCGGACAAGAUAGCGCCCCAUACCCAUGUUCUCAACCGUCCGGGCCAUCACACGACCGAGAGCUUCGAUGAGAGCUCCCUGAUAUCCACUCACGACUCGGACGCCUCUGCCACGCAUGCAAUGAUGCCCAACGAAAAUGGAAACGGCACUCGACCCACGAGCAUGAACUCGUACACCAACGACGAUGCGCGCGACACGCAUCCAACCCUUCCCAAUGGCCUUGCUAAUGGCCUUUCUAAUGGCAAAGCCACCCUUCCUGACCGAACUGUGUCUCAACUACCCGCGCAGAAUGGCCAUUCACUUCAAAAUGGGUUCGCCAAGCAAGGCACUCAAAUUUCCGACCCUCCUCUCCGCCAGCCACCAAACCCUCCAAAUAUGACUUCAACCGACACGGCAAGCCCCAGUGAGCAGCCUUCCGUACCCGUCGAAAACGAGUCUACUCAAGUGUCAAGCGCUUCGCCCAAUCCCAGUGGUUUCAGCCAAGGCGAGCUGAUUCCCUCAAAACCUUCCUCCGGCCACCGAUUUUCUUCCCCGCCAGCCUAUCAGCCUGGUAACACCUCAUUAAACUCGUCUCCCUCUGGGCAUCUUCUUCCUCCAGUUCAACCACCAGUUUUAAAGCAACGACAUACGCUCGAGGUCCCGAAACCCGGUCGACCCUCUAGAGAUGGGCAGGACGCCGCCAUGGCGAGUGGCAGGUUCUCGCCAACCUCUGUUGUAUCCGGAGCACGACGUGCAUCCAUGAACCUAGGUCGUAGAGCGACCCGCUCAGGAAUCUUUGACAUGCCACGCGACGAAGUAGCUCCAGAUGAGGACGCCGCUAGGUGGACCGAAGCCAUUCGGCAGAAGCGAGCUAGCAAGCGCAGGCGAAGGGGGGAGGAGGAUGACGACCGCGUCCUUGUUGGCACAAAGGUCGAUGAGAGUCAUGCCAAUUGGGUCACUGCCUACAACAUGUUGACUGGAAUUCGUGUCUCUGUUUCCAGAACAAACGCAAAGCUCGAUCGCGAGCUUACAGACGCCGACUUUGAAGCCAAGCAAAAGUCGACUUUUGAUAUCACUGGAAAUGAGCUGGUGCCUUCGGCUAAGUAUGAUUUCAAAUUCAAAGAUUACGCCCCGUGGGUAUUCCGGCGCCUCCGCGCGCUCUUCCGUCUCGACCCUGCCGACUACCUCAUGUCUCUCACUGGCAAGUACAUCUUGUCCGAGCUGGGCUCACCCGGCAAGAGUGGCAGCUUCUUUUACUUCUCUAGAGACUACAAGUACAUCAUUAAAACGAUUCAUCACUCCGAACAUAAGUUUUUAAGGAAAAUCCUUAAAGAUUACUAUACCCAUGUUCAGCAGAAUCCCAAUACGCUGCUCUCCCAAUUUUACGGACUGCACCGCGUGAAGAUGCCCUACGGCAAGAAGAUUCACUUUGUCGUCAUGAAUAACCUCUUCCCGCCGCAUCGCGAUAUUCACACCACAUUCGACUUGAAGGGUUCGACUGUCGGACGAGACUACAAGGAGGACGACUUGGAGCAGAACCCAAGAGCCACCCUGAAGGACCUCAACUGGCUACGCAGGAAGCGACACUUGGAACUGGGUAUUCAGAAGAAGAGAUUGUUCUUGGAACAGCUGCGCGCCGAUGUGCUGCUUUUGAAGCGCCUUCAGAUCAUGGACUAUUCUCUGCUCGUUGGUAUCCACGACGUGUCUCGUGGCAAUGACGAAAAUCUGCGUGACAAGACACUACAGGUGUUCAACCCAAGCCGCGAAAAAUCGACAGAUGAGGACCCGCCAAUGGGUCUGCAACGGACGCCAUCCAAGCUCGAGACCGCCCGCAAGGCCCGCGAACUUCGUCAGAUGAUUCGACAAGAGCGUCCCAUUCCGAUGGGUCAGGCUAUUGAUAAGAUGCCCGACGUGCUCGGCGUAGGCCACAGUCGCCCAGGAUUCGUGUUCAACCAGGAUGAUGGCGGCUUCCAAGCCACUCACGAGAAUAACGACCCCGCUGAUGAGAUUUACUACCUUGGUGUUAUUGACUGCCUCACCCACUACGGUAUAAUCAAGAAGAUUGAGCACUUUUGGAAGGGCCUUUCCAGCGACAGGACGCAGAUUUCUGCUCUGCCUCCAGACCAGUACGGUGAUCGCUUCUACAACUUUGUAGAGGGUAUCACCAUGUCCAGCGAGGAAGCACAGAGAGAGGAGAUUCGACGUGAAGAAGAGGCUAUGGAAGCACGUCAGUCAGGCGAGACGCGGGCCGGCAAGAAUAAGCACUCAAUUCCGCCAAUGCCAACGCAUCUCCCACCGGCGCCACCUGGCUCUCCUGAACGACAAGAGCCAAGGGACACGAUAGACAUGGCAACGGAGGCUGCGCGAAAUAAACCAAGUUCUGAGACUCGACCACCAGAGCGAACGAUCAAGACUGUGUCUGUACCGUCGGAGAACCGUAACUCGGCGCAACACGAUCCUAUUCUGCCCGUGGUGGAAGAGCUCGGCGAAGGUUACCGCGACGGCACUAACAGCCGUGAUAGAAACGACAGUAUGUCGGCGCCGACGCGAGCAGCCCCACGGCCACCGAGCAAGGACAAUGUCGCCGAGGAAACCGGCCGACCACGCACAUAUAGCCGCGGAAGCUUGGAUAAGCAGCUCCCACCUCUUCCCAAGGGAGCAGCAGAUCAACGCAACGGGGAGUCAUAG